AUGCCUCAAAAACUAUGGAAAUCUGAUUGUCAAAAGGAAGAGGACAAAUCAUUUAACAGAUGGAGAUUCACGGAAACCUGGCUAUUAGACUACGCAAAAACAUAUGGCAAGGAGUCUACUAAACAGCCAAGAGGAAAACAGUUAAUAAGAAAACCAGGACCAAAAAACUCUGAUAGGAUUUUAACUAAAGCAGAGAUAAAGUUAUUAUCUAGAGGCUUGAAAUAUACACCCACCCCACGUAUGAAUAACCAAGAACUUAAAACGGACGUAAAGGAAUAUACAAGGCGACUACGACUAAGGGAAUACUUUUACGAAGAUAACAACGAAUCAACAGAAGAUAGUGAAAAUGAGGAACCAGAGGACCUGGUUAGAAAUAAAUCCCACUUUAUUCCAAAACGAGGUAGAAAUCGAACUCUAGAUACGGUAUGUGAAACCCUAGAUAAUAUAAACCUACCUAAUAUUAAGAAGAAUAUUAGAUCUAAUCUCACAAAAGAAGAGCAAAAAGCUUUAAAUGACUUACAUAAUGACGAAAGUAUCGUUAUCAAAGAAGCCGACAAAGGAGGUGGAGUAGUCUUCAUGAAUAAAACAUAUUACGAACGUAAGAUUUUGAAUAUGCUACAGGACCCUAACUACUAUGGGAGUAUUAAUGCAAAUCACGAGACAAAAACUUUAGCAAAGAUAAAACAACUUGUCAGUGGGCCAUCCUCGGGAGAUAUAACUGUUAAGGAGAAAGACUAUCUCACAAACUUUGAAACAAAAGAGAGUCAAUUUUACGGAUUACCAAAAGUACACAAGUCAUCAGAAAUCAAAAACGCCAUACAAGCUCAGAAAGGAGAAUAUAUGUGCUGUCUAAAUCCUGAAGAUCUCUCUUUUCGGCCAAUCGUAGGGGGGCCUAAUUGUUCAACUCAAAGACUGAGUCACUUGUUAGACAUUUUAUUAAAGCCUUAUUUUGAAAAGGUUCCCAGUUUUAUAAGAGAUGAUAUAGAUUUUAUCAACCACCUACCAGAACAUAUUCAACCUAAUACGAAACUCGUGUCAUUCGACGUCGUGAAUUUAUACACAAAUAUACCUGUGGACUUGGGUAUAAAAGCGGUUAAAUACUGGAUUGAUAGAUACCCAGACUUACUACAGGAUCGUUUUGAGCAAGAAUUCAUCUUAGAAGGAUUAAGAAUUAUACUUCAAAACAAUACAUUUGCCUUCGGAAUGGAGCAUUUUAUUCAAACCAAAGGAACAGCGAUGGGAAUAAAAGUAGCUCCCACGUAUGCCACCUUAACUUUGGGAUACCUCGAGCAAAAACUCCAUCAACAACUUGUCACUCUAUGGGGAGAAGAGGACGCUGAAGCUAUAACAUCAAAGUGGAAACGAUUUUUGGAUGACUGUUUCAUUCUUUGGAAUGACAACAUUGAGAGAUUAUCAACUUUCCACCAAUUAUUAAACGACUUAGAUUCCAACAUUAAAUUUACCAUGGAAAGCAGCGAUAUGGAAUUACCUUUCCUUGACGUUCUUGUCGUCAAAGAAGAUACCAAACUUUCAACGGAUAUCUUCUACAAAUCAACUGACACCCACCAGUAUUUACAUUUUGGAUCCUGUCACCCUCAUCACACAAAAACAGCAAUUCCAUACAAUCUGGCUAGACGUUUAUGUGCUAUCGUUAGGGACGAAAACACCAGAGAUAUCCGACUAAAAGAACUCAAGUUAUACCUUUUAAAACAGGGAUAUCCUCAAAACCUGAUAGAUAACGGGAUAUUGAAAGCCAAAGGAUAUGAACGGUCAGAAUUACUGUCUACAAAAACCCAGGAAAAUAAAACGGAUAUAAUUCCAUUUGUGCAUACCCACAAUCCAAGGAAUCACAAUUUGACCCCCGUAGUACACCAACUUAACAACGCUCUGAAAACGGACCGGUCAACACAACAAAUAUAUAGAGAUGUAAAAUUUGUUAACAGCAGAAGACAGCCCAAGAAUCUUAGAAGAAUUCUGUGUUCGUCCCAUUUUAAGAAUAGUUACAAAGUGACUAAGUGUGAAGACGCGCGUUGCGGGACGUGUACACAUAUAAUGGAAGGAUCAACUUCUGACUUUAAUGGAAGACAAUUCAAAGUCAAUGCAAACAUGUCUUGUGCCACUAAAAAUGUAAUAUAUGUAAUAACGUGUGCUGGAUGCCAAGAAUUUUAUAUCGGGGAAACGAGCAAUCAAUUGCGUGCCCGGGUGCGUGUCCACCGACAACAUAUUAACUCUCCAGAAUAUCGGCAGAUCCCUCUGAGUGAAAAUUUGGAUACUUGUGGAAAUAAACAAUUCACUAUAUUUCCUUUUUACAAACUUUCAAGUGAAAGUGAUAUUCAGAGACGUGAGAAAGAAAAACAUUUUAUACAUAUGUUCAAACCUAGACUGAACAAUUGA